AAACACAUAUCGAUAAAACCGGAUGUGUGUUGACUCAACACUGUUGAGAAAGUGAACGUGUAAGGUUUUAAUUUAAGUUCAAUUACGAUUAAAAUUCACAGUUUAAUCUGCAUUAUUUGAUUAAAAUAUAUGUAUAUACAUAUAUAUGUAUAUACAGCAAAUAUUUUGACCAGAUUAUAUUGUAAAAUAUAUUCCACAAAUAGUUAACCAGAGAUAAGAUCAACAAAUCGGCAACAAAUGUAAAUUCAAAAAUUUGAAAAUGGAUCAGGACCUUUAUCUACUAUUGGGAGUAGGCAAAACUGCCACAGAAGAUGAGAUCGCAAAGGCCUAUAGGCGUAUGGCACUGAUUUACCAUCCGGACAAGAACGAUCAUCCCGAGUCUGUGGAGCAUUUCAAGAAGAUACGAGCUGCCUUCGACGUGCUGUCCAACAAGUGGACUCGAGCAGACUAUGAUAGACAACAUAGAACAAAGCCAAAGCCUGAAAAUCGGAUGCCGACACAUAGCACCACUCAACAGAGCACGGCACUGAAUAUAUUCCCUACCCUAUGUGUCAUUGGUGGAGCCAUUUUCGGCGCGGCUAUAGCCAUCUCUACCAACAAAUGGUUCAACAGUGAGGAAUCGGAAGGCAGCGAUAACGAAUCGAAAAACGACAAAUAAAUCUGUUAAACUUAUACCAAAACUCAAGUGAAAAUAUAUGUCAGUAUCUGCCUUCUAAAAUGAA